AUGGCUGAUCCAAGUUUGAACGAGUCGUCCACCGAGGACGUCGCUAAUAGGUUUGCUCGCAAAGGCGCCCUGAGGCAGAAAAACGUCCACGAAGUCAAGAACCACAAGUUUACUGCCCGGUUCUUCAAGCAGCCGACUUUCUGCAGCCACUGCACGGACUUCAUCUGGGGCUUUGGAAAACAAGGAUUCCAGUGCCAAGUUUGCUGUUUUGUGGUCCAUAAGAGGUGCCAUGAGUUUGUCACAUUCUCCUGUCCAGGAGCUGAUAAGGGGCCAGACACAGAUGAUCCCAGAACGAAACAUAAAUUUAAGAUCCACACCUUCGGGAGCCCCACCUUUUGUGACCACUGUGGCUCUUUGCUGUACGGCCUCAUCCAUCAAGGCAUGAAGUGUGACACGUGCGAUAUGAACGUCCAUAAGCAGUGCGUCAUGAAUGUUCCCAGCCUGUGUGGGACCGACUACACUGAAAGGAGGGGGCGCCUUUUCCUCAAGUGUGAGGUCAGCGGUGAGAAGCUGCAGGUCACAGUUGGUGAAGGCAAGAAUCUGAUACCUAUGGACCCCAACGGCCUCUCUGAUCCAUACGUCAAACUCAAGCUCAUACCUGACCCCAAAAAUGAGACCAAGCAGAAGACCAAAACCAUCCGCUCAAACCUGAACCCAAAAUGGGGCGAAACAUUUACCUUCAAAUUGAAACCCACAGACAAGGACCGCAGGCUGUCGGUGGAGGUGUGGGACUGGGAUCGGACAACCAGGAAUGACUUCAUGGGCGCCCUUUCGUUUGGUGUGUCGGAGCUCAUGAAGGCAGCGGCGUGUGGCUGGUAUAAGUUGCUGUGCCAAGAGGAGGGAGAGUAUUACAACGUUCCCAUCUCAGAGGAGGAUGAUGGGAAUGAAGAACUGAGACUGAAAUUUGAGAAAGCCAAGCUGGGCCCAGCCAAGAAGGCCAACACAGAAACAGAUGGCAUCCCAUCCAGCCAGCUGCCAAGCAACAGCUUGGACCAGGUCAAACUCAGUGAUUUCAGUUUCUUGGCUGUACUUGGGAAAGGCAGUUUUGGCAAGGUCAUGUUGGCAGAAAUGAAGGCCACGGAGGACCUGUAUGCAAUAAAGAUCCUAAAAAAAGAUGUGGUGAUUCAGGACGAUGACGUGGAAUGUACUAUGGUAGAGAAGAGGGUCCUGGCUCAGCAGGACAAACCGCCCUUCCUCACGCAGCUACAUUCGUGCUUCCAGACUGUGGAUCGUCUGUACUUUGUCAUGGAGUAUGUAAAUGGAGGAGACCUCAUGUAUCACAUCCAACAAGUGGGAAAGUUCAAGGAACCACAGGCAGUCUUCUAUGCAGCAGAGAUCGCUGCUGGUCUCUUCUUCCUUCACCUUAAAGGCAUCAUCUACAGAGAUCUAAAGUUGGACAACGUGAUGCUGGACAGUGAGGGACACAUUAAAAUUGCAGACUUCGGCAUGUGCAAAGAGAACAUGUCAGAUGGAGUGACCACUCGCACCUUCUGCGGCACCCCAGACUACAUCGCCCCUGAGAUUAUUGCAUAUCAGCCUUAUGGACGCUCUGUUGACUGGUGGGCCUAUGGUGUUCUUCUAUAUGAAAUGUUAGCUGGACAGCCUCCUUUUGAUGGAGAGGAUGAAGACGAGUUGUUCCAGUCCAUUAUGGAGCACAAUGUGUCCUACCCAAAGUCUUUGUCCAAAGAAGCUGUUUCUAUCUGCAAAGGGUUAAUGACCAAACAUCCGUCCAAGCGUCUGGGAUGCGGCCCUGAAGGAGAGCGGGAUGUCAGAGAACAUGCUUUCUUCAGGCGUAUUGACUGGGAACGUCUUCAGAAUAAGGAGAUUCAGCCGCCAUUCAAGCCCAAAGUGUGUGGCAAAGCAGCGGAGAACUUCGACAAGUUCUUCACGCGCACUCAGCCUCAGCUCACACCUCCCGACGAGUUGGUGAUCGCCAACAUCGACCAGGCCGAGUUUGCCGGCUUCUCCUUCAUAAACCCACAGUUUGUGCACCCGUCGCUCCCAAACAGCGCAUGA